GAGAAGGAGAAGAAGUACAUGCUGCCAUUGGAUAAUCUGAAAAUCAGGGAUGUGGAGAAGGGAUUUAUGUCCAACAAGCAUGUCUUCGCCAUCUUCAACACGGAGCAGAGGAAUGUGUACAAGGAUCUCCGUCAGAUUGAACUGGCCUGUGAUUCCCAGGAAGAUGUGGACAGCUGGAAAGCUUCCUUCCUCCGGGCAGGAGUUUAUCCCGAGAAAGACCAAACAGAGAGCGAGGACGGAGCACAGGAGAACACCUUCUCCAUGGAUCCGCAGCUGGAGCGGCAGGUGGAGACCAUCCGCAACCUCGUCGACUCCUACGUUGGGAUCAUCAACAAAUCUAUCCGGGACCUCAUGCCAAAGACCAUCAUGCACCUCAUGAUCAACAAUACCAAGGAUUUCAUCCACUCGGAGCUCCUGGCCUACCUGUACUCCUCGGCUGACCAGAGCAGCCUGAUGGAAGAGUCGGUGGAGCAGGCACAGCGCCGGGACGAGAUGCUCCGGAUGUACCACGCGCUGAAGGAAGCUCUCGGGAUCAUCGGAGACAUCAGCACCAGCACCGUGUCCACACCUGUCCCUCCGCCCGUGGAUGACACCUGGCUCCAGGCCGGCGCCGGGCACAGCCCUCCGCCGCAGCGCCGCCCGCCCUCAGCCCUGCUCCCCCCGGGACGUCCUCCAUCG